UGCAAACAUUUCUAUAUAAUCUGUAUUUAUAAAUUUCUCUUAUAAAUCUAAACGUGCAAACCAGAGAGGAGCAGAGUUAGCAGCUGGAAUUUUUCCAUCAACUUAUAUAUAUGUAUCACCUUCAUUACUUAAUUUACAUAUAAAGCAUAUUAUACUAUUUUUAUAUAUGGUUCUAGUUAGCAUUCAAGUCUAAUCUGUUUUCUUGACAUCCACAUCAUCCCUCUUGCUCUAGUCAAGUUGUGUACCAUAGGUUUUUAUCCAAAUUUAUUGGAAAAAAAAAAAAAAAAAGACGCUCACAUGGGAAAUAGUUGUCCUCUCCCCUGUGACCGAUACAUGUAUGUUGGAAAAAAUGUUAGCGUUCUAUAUAGAAAAGAAGAACGUUAUUUGGAAGAAGGAAAGUUGGAGACAUCAAUUGUGUCAUACCAUGUCGGUUAUUCGGUUAGUGCUCUACUAAUCUUAGAGACAACAUAUGGAAAAAAUGGUCUAAUCAAGCUCUUACGAUUCAAAGUCCAAGAUCCUGAGUCAGAUGUUACAUUUGAUAUAGAUAGAGCGGAAAACAAUCUUCUUAAUCAAAUUAAUACAAAUGACUUCAGAAAAUUUGAGAUUAAUUUUGUUAAUGAGACUAAGAAUCGUUUGGAGGGGGUUACGAAAACAAAUGUUGCAUACCAUGGGACUAUAGAUGAAGGUAGUCUUUUGGUGGUGGAGCAGAAGAGAAAGAGUGGAGUUCAAAAACCUUAUGUAGCUGUCGUGGCACAUUACUAUGCUAUUUGUAGCCGAAGUAUUUUUCUUUGGAAAUAUGAUGUCGCACUUUCAAUGCUUGUAAAUGUUAGAGUGUUAAAUAAUGAUUUGGAUGUUUUUUCGACUGGUUGUAAUAGUAACACUUCUAUAUCAUUUCUUGCUAUGUUUGAUCAAGUCUCCCAAACACGAACUUGGCAUUGGAAAACAUGCCCUUACUAUGUUGCUGAAACUGAAAGGAGAGAGUGCAGUGGUGUGACCGGGAAGCAGUUUAAGACUGAGACUGAGACUGAGACUGAGACGGAGAGUGAUGAUGAAGAAGGAACCUAUCAUCAAAGAAGAAAGCAAAUCGGAGGAAGUAUUCUCGCCAACCCAGGUGUGAUUAAGGGCAACAAUAAUGGUAAUUUAGUUGUGAACAAGCUUUUCCUUGGAGGAGGUAACUAACUCUGGGGGGACUUUGUUUCUUAAAUUUAGUUUGUGCCAAUAAUUUUAUAUAUAUGUUGAUGUUUGCAAUUUAUAGUUUGUUUUUAAAAUUUAGUUUGUGCCAACAGCCUAUUAGGGUGUCCAUAUAUAUUUAAUGCUUUCGUAAUAAUCUGCAAUCUUAAAUCUUCUAUUUGUAA